AUGAAGCAACUCGAGGAGAAUCUUAGCCAAGCUCUACAGAAAAUCGACCAGCUCGAAACCGAGGGCCGUCCUGGUGUACAGCGGGAAACGGCGACUGCUCCCAGUCAGUCGCCUAUAAUAAUUGCCAGUAGCCUCCAGGACUCGGGGCAGGAGGAGGUUUUUGACUUCGUAGACGUGUCACGGUCACUGGACUUGCCGCCGCUGCACGAAGCAUUACCGGCUGUAGAGAAAUACCUAGCAACACUCAAUUCCGUUAUGCCGCUUUUUCACCCCGAGAGAUUGCUGCAAUCGCUCAGAAGUUUCUACACGCCUCUAUUAAGUCAAAGGAACUGCUCCACGUCCACCUGGGCAGCGAUAAACGUGGUUCUCGCUCUCGCCCAUUCCUGUCACGUUCCUUCCGACCAAGCAGCGACUCCGAGCAGAAAUACCGCGGCCCACUACCUAAGCAAAGCCCAGUCCGUCCUGACGGAGGUGAUAAUGGGCGAAGCAGAUAUUGUUAAUGUACAAGUCCUCCUUGGUCUAGCAAUGUUGUUUCAGGGAACGCGGAAUUGGAAGCCCGCAGCGACGCUGAUUGCGAUUGCUCUGCGUCUUGCGCAUGAGUUUGGACUACACAAUCGCAGGAGCUCGAGCUCUGAAAAUUUCAGUGCUUCAGACACGCUUGAGCGAGAUCGCGUCUUUUGGAUUGCGUAUAUUAUUGAUCGGGAUAUCAGCAUGCGAACAAGGCAGCCACCUGUCCAGCUGGAGACUGAUAUGGACGUCGAAUUACCUGCAGCUGAGCCAGAAGAUGGGGCUGGCCUCGUUUUCGUCGCCGCUGACAGCAGCAGUUCCUUGAGCUUCAACUUCUUUCGUGCUCGGGUGCAACUAGCUGCCAUCCAGGGGAGGGUCUACGAAUCCAUGUACUCUGUGCCCGCCCAAUCUCUGACCGUCGCCCAUCGAAAUGCAAAUCUAGCAGCGCUUCGUAAUAUGCUGGACGACUGGGUCUCACAGAUACCACCACAGUUUCGUCCCAACGCCAUACUUCAAGCUUGCGACCCAGACCUUCUCAGAAGCUUUGGGAUCCUCUACUCUACGCACCUCUCAUGCCGUGCUCUAGUCUGUCGAGCUCAUGCCAUGGAGACGCCCUGGUUACAGAGCCUACAAGACUUUGGCGGACAGUCUCUGCAGCAGAGACGGGUUAUUGAGCCAGUACUACUGCUACCGCAAGGAUGGCCGGCGCUUGUAACCGAGUCUCGUGAGUAUAUGAGACUGUUCAUGGGCAUUGGACGGAAGGAUCCUGCGUUUAUCUGGUCAGUCAACCUGGUUUUAUACAACACCGUAUCCAUCCCUUGA